UGCCCAGCAAAGCAACACACUCAGGGGAUCAGAAGGAGAAGCCACAGCUCUUAUUCUUAUAGAAAGAUGGUGGGAAAGACCGAGACCCCCAGGACCAUGGGGAACGUGGCCGAGCUGAGCUGCCGGGUGCAAGAAGACAACACGGCCAGGAGGGAGCACUUCUCUGCCGAAUGGAUAGACACCUCCAUAUUCAGCCGACCAGAGGAAAGCUGCAAUGCCCGUGAUGCCAACGUGUGGAAGAGAGAGAGUUUCCGCCAACAGGGACAGACCCGCUUCCUGGUCCAACAGUCUCCUGCCAAGGUCAUGAAAAUGGGUCGUCUUGGCCAAAGACUAACCCAGUACCAGCUGCCCUACCAGAGAAUGUUGCCUCUACCCAUCUUCAAGCCAGCAGAUCUCAGCAGCAAGAUGGAACGCAUGGCCACCCCACCCCAGCUGCGCGGCAUGAUGGAGUUCGAAAGGGCGCUUAGCAACCCAGGCAAUGAUGGAGUGUGCCAAGAUAAGAAGUCCCUCUCCCAGAUCACUAAAGAGUUGCCACCAGUCAUGCAACCGGCAAGAAUGGAGUUUAUGAAGCCUGGCCUGGCCCAAUCCUUCACCAAGUCUAUGUCUCAAGAGGUCAUGAGGGGCUAGAGGGACGAGAGGGAUGAGAGGGAAGGGUCUAGAGGAGCAUGAAAGGUGUAGAGCAACAAUCCAAACCUAUCUGCUAGUCAUAGAUGGCCAGGUUAGAGUGCAGUGUGUGUCUGCAUAGUGUCUGCUCUAGAAUGCUAUAGCUGGAGCAUAGGGAAAUGGACAAUUGAUACUCAGUGACAACCCCUUUGUUGUGUUUGUAAACUGGAAAGAAUAUUCCAGUUUGAGAUUAUUUGCAGAAAUAUGUGUGUGUUUUAUCUGUUGGGAAUAAUACAUGGAACUGAAGAUGGCAUAGGAGUAGGUGCAGGAGCUCAUUGUCCUUUAGACAUAGACUUAGAGUAAGAAGAUAGAAAAGAAGUCAUUCCACUGCUUCCACCCAUGCACCCCAAGCCUUGUUUGGCCAAAAUAGGGCCCGCGAUGGGUAUCAUGGCUGAAUUCCCUUUUUACUAGACAAGAAUGGGUUCCUUGUUGCCCUGGGUUAUAGUGCCAUGGUUUUUAAGGAAGGUUGGAGACCUGGUUAAGCAUUUCCAUCUGACCUGACCUGGCAAAACCACUUAAUGCACUUUAGAUGCCAACAAGUAAGUUAUCCAGGGCACUCGGGAGAGAGAUUGUAGGUGAAUAGGAAUGAAGAGGGACAUAGUUUUAUAGUUUGUAUAAAGCACCAGGGAUGGGCACUGUAGGCAUUAGACCAAUCAAACAUAAUGGUAAGGGCCCCAGUAUGUGUCCCCAACCUCUCCUACAUGAAUUCCGUGUGAUGGAACUAUCUGAUGGCACAGAAGAAGUGUUGAGCUAUAGGGGCUUUUACACACCUCAAGUGAUGGGACAAAAUAAAAUGCGUUCGAUGAAACUAUAGACUGCAAAUCCCAAUGCCCUCAAAGGGGCUUCCAAAUAUCUUUGCACAGUUUUGUAUGUAACCAGAUAAAUAUUUAUAUUUGUACUUGUUUGUCUUGGUGCUAAUCAUGGUCUAAUGUUAUUUUCUUAGGUCUAAUAAAAUUCACGUUUUAAAAUA